GUCUACAUAGUGUGCUAGAAUCAAGAAUUGAAAUUCUGUCUUUCUGCAAACAGUUUGGCCUCCCACUCUUGACAAAAUAAAUUGCGUUUCUCAUCCUUUUGGCUCUACCAUCAACCACCAAAACACAAGAAAAACGAACACAUAUAUUUAGGCAGAUCGAGAAUCCAGUUGAAGAUCAAGCUAGAAAUAUAAUGGGAGAUUACAGAUCAAAGUCGUUUGCAGAUGGGUAUCAGAUGGAGAGCUACAACUAUGGAGAUUUGAGGUCACCCCCACCUCUAGCACUGGCCCCACCCCCGCAGCUGAAGAAGGGGAAGAGCAGAAAUGGGUCAAUUACUAAAAGGUCAUGGAGCAUGAAUGAUCCGGAGUUUCAGAGGAAGAAGAGGGUGGCUAGCUACAAAGUCUACUCUGUUGAAGGGAAAGUGAAGGGCUCUUUCAAGAGGAGUUUCAGGUGGCUUAGGGACAAGUAUUCCCAGGUUGUUUAUGGCUGGUGGUGAUCAAUCUCACUCUCACUCUCACUCUCACUCUCAUCUGGGGAACCUGUUUUCCUCUAUUUUACUCUCUCUCUCUCUCUGUUGUGAUUCAUAGCUGUGAGGUGGAAGUGAUUGAGUUUUGCUUCCUGGGCAGGGCUAUCAAUGUAUACCAUCAUAAUUCUGGUUUUUUUUUUUUUUUUUCUUAAUAUUAUCAAUGGAUGUUUCCUUCGAUCUGCAA